GUCUAAUACAGAGUAUUGAUACAGCAUUCUUAUGAAUUAUGCAAAUAAUAUGAUGAUUAUUGUGGUGUUCAGGAAGUGUGGCUCACCCCGGAGCGACGCAUCAAGGCGAUGCACGCGACGUCGGUUCAAGGAGUGGAAGACAUGAUAUCGCUCGGAGACCUCCAUGAGGCCGGAAUUCUUAGAAAUUUACUCAUCCGCUACAAUGGAAAUCUUAUCUAUACCUACACAGGGUCUAUUCUAGUCGCCGUCAACCCUUAUCAAAUUCUACCCAUCUACACAGCUGAACAAAUCAAAUUGUACAAAGACAGAAAAAUUGGAGAACUUCCACCACAUAUAUUUGCUAUUGGUGAUAACAGUUACACUCACAUGAAAAGGUUCUCACAGGAUCAAUGCAUUGUCAUAAGCGGUGAAAGUGGGGCUGGGAAAACAGAAAGUACAAAGCUUAUCCUUCAAUAUCUAGCUGCAAUUAGUGGAAAACAUUCUUGGAUAGAGCAGCAAAUCCUAGAAGCCAAUCCUAUUCUAGAAGCUUUUGGAAACGCCAAAACGAUAAGAAAUGAUAAUUCCUCAAGGUUUGGAAAGUACAUAGACAUCCACUUCAAUGCGAAUGGAGUUAUAGAGGGUGCAAAAAUUGAGCAAUACCUAUUGGAGAAGUCUCGUAUAGUAUCACAAUCGAAAGAUGAAAGGAACUAUCACAUAUUCUACUGCAUGUUGGCUGGACUGAACAAGGAUGAGAAACAGAAGCUUGAACUCAGUGAUGCAUCGCAUUACAAAUACCUCACUGGGGGAGGGAGCAUUACGUGCGAAGGCAGAGACGAUGCGGCCGAGUUUGCUGACAUCAGGUCGGCAAUGAAGGUUCUACUUUUCUCAGACGCCGAAAUAUGGGAAAUACUCAAACUUCUAGCAGCCCUCCUACACACCGGCAAUAUUAAAUAUAAGGCUGCAAUAAUAGAUAAUUUAGAUGCAACGGAAAUUCCAGAUCAUAGUAAUGUUUCUCGUGUGGCCAGUUUAUUAGGUGUACCAAAGCAACCCUUGAUUGAUGCUUUAACGCUCAAAACGUUAUUUGCACAUGGGGAAACAGUGGUUUCCACUCUUUCAAGAGAACAGUCUGUAGAUGUUAGAGAUGCCUUCGUUAAAGGAAUCUACGGUAGAUUAUUCGUACUCAUUGUAAGCAAGAUAAAUAAUGCCAUCUAUAAACCAAAAGCAACUGCUAGAAGUGCCAUCGGAGUUCUAGACAUUUUCGGAUUCGAAAAUUUUCACACUAAUAGCUUUGAACAAUUUUGUAUAAAUUUCGCCAAUGAGAACCUGCAACAGUUCUUUGUACAGCAUAUUUUCAAACUAGAACAAGAAGAAUACAACGUUGAGGGAAUUAACUGGCAACAUAUCGAAUUUGUUGACAAUCAAGAUGCCCUGGAUCUGAUAGCUAGCAAACAGCUCAACAUUAUGGCUUUGAUUGAUGAGGAAUCGAAGUUUCCAAAGGGAACUGACCAGACCAUGUUAGCUAAGUUGCACAAGACGCAUGGAGGCCAUAGAAACUAUUUGAAGCCCAAGUCGGACAUCAACACCUCAUUUGGUCUCAAUCAUUUUGCUGGAGUUGUGUUCUAUGAUACCAGGGGUUUCCUUGAGAAAAACAGGGACACCUUCAGUGCGGAUUUACUGCAACUGAUACACAUUUCCAGCAAUAAAUUUCUGAAACUGCUUUUUGCUGAAGAUAUUGGAAUGGGUUCAGAGACGAGGAAAAGAGCUCCAACUUUAUCCACGCAGUUCAAGAAAUCACUUGACUCGCUCAUGAAAACUCUCAGUUCAUGUCAGCCAUUCUUUAUUAGAUGCAUCAAACCAAAUGAAUUUAAGAAGCCUAUGAUGUUCGACCGCGGCUUAUGCUGCAGGCAGCUGCGAUACUCAGGAAUGAUGGAGACCAUCAGGAUAAGACGAGCUGGUUACCCUAUAAGACAUACAUUCAGGGAAUUCGUUGAACGCUACAGGUUCCUGAUUCCAGGAGUUCCACCUUCUCAUAAGACUGAUUGUAGAGCGGCCACAGCGAAGAUUUGUGCUGCUGUACUUGGUAGAUCCGACUACCAGUUAGGAAAUACAAAGGUUUUCUUGAAAGAUGCCCACGAUUUGUUCCUAGAGCAGGAAAGAGAUAGGGUGCUCACCAGAAAGAUUAUUAUCCUGCAGCGGUCUAUAAGGGGCUGGGUUUAUAGGCGGAGGUAUCUUCGCAUGAAAGCGGCAGCGAUGACCAUCCAGAAGUACUGGAUGGCGUGGGCGCAACGACGCCGCUACCAGCGCAUGCGCGUAGGCUACAUGCGACUGCAGGCGCUGAUUCGGUCGCGCGUCCUGUCGCACCGCUUUCGUCAUCUGCGCGGCCAUAUUGUCGGCCUGCAGGCGCAUGCGCGUGGCAACAUGGUGCGGCGCAUGUAUCGCACCAAGAUGUGGGCCAUCAUCAAGAUACAGUCACACGUGCGUCGCAUCAUCGCCCAACGAAAGUAUCUCAAGAUCAAGUUUGAAUACAGGAGUCAAAUAGAAGCCUUGAAGCUGAGAAAGAAAGAGGAGCGUGAACUGAAGGAGCAAGGGAACAAGCGAGCCAAGGAAAUAGCCGAACAAAACUACCGGGAAAGAAUGGAGGAGUUGGAGAGGAAAGAAGUUGAACUGGAAUUGGAAGAGAGGAGAAGAAUGGAAAUAAAGAAGAAUCUCAUAAACGACGCAGCUAAAAAGCAAGAUGAACCAGUUGAUGACAGUAAGCUAGUUGAAGCCAUGUUCGACUUCCUACCAGAUUCUAGCAGCGAAGCACCCAACUCAGCCAGAGAAACCUCAGUUUUCAUGGAUUUGCCGACGGCCAAAGCCGACCAGCAAGAGGUGAUCAGCACGAUGCAGCUUGGCUCUGAGGAUGAAGAAGACUUGUCGGAGUUCAAAUUUCAAAAGUUUGCGGCAACGUACUUCCAGGGUAACGUCACCCAUAUGUACUCCAGAAAACCACUCAAACAUCCACUUCUGCCGCUGCAUACCCAAGGAGAUCAAUUGGUAAGUGAUCAAAAAUACUUCAAACUACAAGUAAACUCCCAUGAUCUAUUCAAUCUUCAAUUAUUAAUCAAACUGAUGAGGAUCGAGAGUUUUCUGAAGCAGAAGCCGCGUUCGAUCAGACACAAACUGGUGUCGCUGACGCUGAAGCGCAAGAACAAGCUUGGUGAGGACGUGAGGCGGCGACUGCAGGACGACGAGUACACCGCCGACAGCUACCAGUCAUGGCUCGAGGCACGGCCCACCUCCAACCUCGAGAAGCUGCACUUCAUCAUUGGACACGGCAUCCUAAGAGCCGAACUCAGGGACGAAAUCUACUGUCAAAUUUGUAAACAACUGACCAACAACCCAUCGAAGUCCUCCCACGCUAGAGGUUGGAUUCUACUGUCACUAUGCGUUGGCUGCUUUGCUCCUUCCGAGAAGUUUGUCAGCUACUUGCGAGCGUUCAUCAGGGAGGGACCACCCGGCUAUGCGCCCUACUGUGAGGACAGACUCAAGAGAACAUUCAACAAUGGAACAAGGAAUCAGCCUCCCAGUUGGCUUGAGCUUCAGGCAACAAAAUCAAAGAAACCUAUAAUGCUGCCUAUAACAUUCAUGGAUGGCAACACAAAAACCUUACUCGCUGAUUCUGCUACAACUGCAAGAGAGCUCUGCAACCAGCUCUCCGAUAAAAUUGGACUGAAGGAUCAAUUUGGAUUCUCAUUGUACAUAGCUCUGUUCGAUAAGGUUUCAUCUCUGGGCAGUGGCGGUGAUCAUGUGAUGGAUGCCAUAUCCCAGUGCGAACAGUAUGCCAAAGAGCAGGGUGCACAAGAGAGAAACGCGCCUUGGAGGUUGUUUUUCAGGAAAGAGAUAUUCGCACCUUGGCAUGAGCCAACCGAGGACCAGGUUGCCACCAAUCUCAUCUAUCAGCAAGUUGUCAGAGGAGUCAAAUUUGGAGAAUAUCGAUGUGAUAAGGAAGAGGAUCUGGCAAUGAUAGCAGCACAACAGUAUUACAUUGAGUACAAUACAGAGCUGAACAUGGAACGAUUAUUAAAUCUGCUUCCCAACUACAUACCCGACUAUUGUCUCACAAACGCUGAAAAGUCCAUUGAUAGAUGGGCAACUCUAAUAGUGCAAGCAUAUAAAAAGAGUUAUUAUUUAAAAGAGAAGGUUGGCGUGUUGAGAGUGAAGGAGGACGUUGUUAGCUAUGCUAAAUUCAAGUGGCCUCUAUUAUUUUCUCGCUUCUAUGAAGCUUAUCGGAACUCAGGGCCGAACCUGCCAAAGAAUGAUGUAAUAAUCGCAGUGAACUGGACUGGAGUGUAUGUUGUUGAUGAUCAGGAGCAAGUUCUUCUGGAGCUUUCUUUCCCAGAGAUCACAACCGUAGCCAGUCAAAAAACAAACAAAGUUUUCACACAAACUUUUACACUUUCAACAGUGAGAGGAGAAGAAUUCACAUUCCAAAGCCCAAAUGCUGAGGACAUUCGCGAUCUUGUCGUCUACUUUUUGGAGGGGUUGAAGAAGAGAUCUAGUUUUGUUAUAUCACUCCAAGAUUACAAAGCUCCAGGUGAGGGCUCUUCGUUCCUCACAUUCCAAAGAGGAGACCUGAUCAUCUUGGAGGAUGAGAGUACGGGUGAAACAGUGAUGAACUCGGGUUGGUGCGUGGGGCGCUGUGAACGAACUGGCGAGAAGGGAGACUUCCCUGCUGAAACCGUUUACGUUCUUCCAGCUCUUAGUAAACCUCCUUUGGAUAUUCUAGCAUUGUUCAGCCUUGAAGGAGCUGAACAUGGUCGAAAACUUCACACAGGUCAACAUGUCAAUGGAACAGACAAUCGGGAAAAACCGCACACUCUAGCUGAAUAUUCUAUUGACCAUUUCAGACCGCCGCCGAAGCGGACCAUGUCGAAGGCGAUGUCGACGCUGACGUCAGCAAGACGGGGCGGUGGCGGGGGGGACGAGGUGUGGCGGCACACGCGCGAGCCCAUGAAGGCGCCACUUCUGCGCAAACUCGCCGGCAAGGAGGAGCUGGCAGAGGAGGCCUGUUUCGCCUUCACCGCCAUACUCAAGUACUGCGGCGAUCUGCCUGCCAAGAGACGCCAGGGCAACGAGUACACCGACCAAAUAUUCGACGGACCUCUGAAGCAUGAAAUACUGAGAGACGAAAUUUUCUGCCAACUGAUGCGCCAACUCACCGACAACCGAAACAGACUGAGCGAGGAGCGCGGCUGGGAAUUGAUGUGGUUGGCCACUGGAUUGUUCGCUUGCAGUCAAGCUCUGCUAAAGGAAUUGACAUUGUUCUUGAGGACUCGACGACAUCCCAUUUCACAGGAUUCACUGCAAAGACUUCAGAGAACAUUGCGCAAUGGACAGAGGAAGUAUCCGCCUCAUCAGGUCGAAGUCGAAGCCAUCCAGCACAAGACCACUCAGAUAUUCCACAAAGUCUAUUUUCCAGAUGACACAGAUGAGGCAUUUGAAGUCGAUUCAUCAACAAGAGCAAAGGAUUUCUGUGCAAAUAUAGCACAAAGGUUGAGUUUGCGUUCAUGUGAGGGUUUCAGCCUAUUCGUAAAGAUUGCCGAUAAGGUAAUCUCUGUGCCUGAGGGAGAUUUCUUCUUCGACUUCGUUCGUCACCUGACUGACUGGAUAAAGAAAGCUAGACCAUCCCGUGACGGAAUCACACCUCAGUUCACUUAUCAAGUAUUUUUCAUGAAGAAACUAUGGACAAAUACCAUUCCAGGAAAAGAUAGGAACUCAGAUCUAAUUUUCCAUUUCCAUCAAGAACUUCCAAAACUACUUAGAGGUUACCACAAGUGCACAAAAGAAGAGGCAGCUAGGCUCGCAGCCCUUGUCUACAGAGUGAGAUUUGGUGAGAGCAAGCAGGAACUGCAAGCUAUUCCACAAAUGUUGCGAGAAUUGAUUCCUGGGGAUCUGCUCAAGGUACAGAAUGCUACGGAUUGGAAGCGUUCUAUUGUGGCUGCAUACAACCAAGAUGCCGGAAUGAGUCCGGAAGAUGCUAAAAUAACAUUUUUGAAGAUAAUAUAUCGCUGGCCGACUUUUGGUUCUGCAUUCUUUGAAGUGAAACAAACUACGGAGCCAAACUAUCCAGAGAUGCUUUUGAUAGCAAUAAACAAGCAUGGAGUUAGCCUCAUCCAUCCACAAACCAAGGACAUACUUGUAACGCAUCCAUUCACACGAAUCUCGAACUGGUCAUCUGGCAACACAUACUUCCACAUGACUAUUGGCAAUCUUGUCAGAGGAUCCAAACUGCUCUGUGAGACGUCCCUCGGCUACAAGAUGGAUGACCUGCUCACCUCCUACAUUUCACUCAUGCUCACCAACAUGAACAAGCAGCGCAGUGUCAGGGUCAAAUAAUCCAGCAUCAUUUCAAAGAUCAAAUACCUAUCACAAAUCAUUUUAAUUUUUACUUGACUUUAAGCAAUGUAUAUAAUUUAUCAUAAUUCUUAUUUACUAAAGUAUCUGUUAUAACAAGAAGUGAUGGCAGUAUUUUCUUGAUUGCACUAUUUUUGGAAGUUGUAACUUCUAAUCGAAUCUUGAUGUAGUUGAGAGUAGUGCAGAAGUAGUUACAAUGAGGAAUGCAGCAAACAGCAAGUCCCAUUAUUUUCUGUAUAUUUGAGAGAUUGUUUAUCGUUACAUCACAUAGGAUAAGUUCUAAUCACACAUUUUUAUUAAUGUGAACAUUACAUUCCACUGUCAAACAAAAUGUUAAUUUCAUUUUUUAUCUUCAAAUGCAAGAAUUACAAUUGGAUCUAACAAUAUAUUAAAAUUAUCCAUUUAAUUCUAUCAAUCGUUUCAUUACCUAGAGAUUAAUUUAUGCUUUCAUUCACUUCUAUAAUCAUUUCUUAAUUUCAGUAUUUAUCUUCUCUGCGAAAAAAUGCAAAAUAUUCCUCAACUUUUAAUGUAUUGCAAAGUGUUUUUUUAACUUUUUUAAUGUAUAAUUUGAUUAUAAGUUACAUGAUAUAUGCAUCACUGAAAUUAUUUUGUAUCAUUAGAGACUAUAUAUAAUGUAAAUACGUAAUACUAAUUUAAAGUUCAUAAUAUUUAUUAAAAUAGCUCAAAGGUUUCAGAUCAUCCAACAAAAAUAUAUUAUUUUCCAAUAUAGCAAUCAAUAUUAAGGAGUCUGUAACAUAUAUGAAAUGUAUAAAUAAAAGAGUUUUAUUCUUGAUGUCA